UCACAAAAGCCUUCCAAUAGAGAGAGAGAAUCUGCGGCGGCGAGGAUGGUGAAGUUUUUGAAGCCAAACAAAGUUGUUAUCAUUCUUCAAGGCAAAUAUGUUGCCCGAAAAGUUGUGAUUGUAAGUUCAUUUGAUGAAGAAACAAGGGACAGGCCAUAUGGCCAUUGUUGGCCUGUCCCUUGUUUGGUUGCAUGUGUCUCAAAGUACCAGAAGAAUGUGAUCGGUAAGGAUUCAGCAAAGAAGCAGGCAAAGAAAUCUUGUGUGAAGGCUUCCAUCAAGCUCGUGAACUACAACCACAUCAUACCUACUUGUUACACACUCGAUGUUGAUCUGAAGGAUGUUGUCAAUACUGAUGUUCUUCGGGCACGUGACAAAAAGGUGACUGCUAUGAAAGAGAACAAGGCUAGGCUUGAGGAGAGGUUCAAGACUGGGAAAAAUCACCGGUUCUUCACUCGAUAA